UUGUAACUGUCAGUUGUGUUCCUCAUUCUCGUCAACAUCGGGUGUUGCAGACUGACAAUAAGCGAUUAGCAGUUUUGGGGUACUUUGAGAUCUCAGUCAAUGUACGGAACUAUGUAAUAUAAAUAAGUAUUGUUCUCCCUAACAGAACACCAAAUAUCACAGCGUAAAGUUUACUGCCUUGCACUUUGGUAACUGUGUCGGUGAUGGUAAGGCAGACCGAGUAAGCUACUUUGGGUAACCUACACCUAAAUCGGUUAGUUGUUUUUAACGAUUUUUAUUGCGAAGUUUCCUCUUCCCAGUGUUCACCUAUCAUUGUGUGUGGAAAAAGCUUUGUUGGAAGCAUCCAGGACAGCGCUUUCUUUCAUGGAGAGGUAGGGCUGAUGCUGCCAAUCUGUGAAACUGAUCGGACUUGUUGCGCGAAAAACACGUCCCUCAGGAAUGCAUAGUAUUUUGGGUAAACCCGUUAUCAAAACAAAUGUACAUUUAAGUCUGCGCGUGUCAGUGGUGUUCUGAUUUCCCAACAGGGCACAUUUCCGAUUGUCUAUAGUGGGUGUUCCCCACCCAAUCCUUUGAUUCUAUACCAGAUAGUAGGAUAUACAAGUCAGGUCGACUUUGUGGACACUGGAGAGCGAACAUGAGACUGGAUGUGAUGGACUUUCGGCAUAAUUAAGGACAUUUAAGUAAUUCACCUACCCGACUGCCGGACCGGGGACGCUCUAUAACGGACUAACAGAAUCGCCCGAGGCCAGAUGAGCUGGAGUCCGGUUCCGUGAUUUAAUGUUUUUGGAAAGGCGCAGCAGACCCCUCAAUACCCGGGCACUUCUGUAAAUAAAUGGCACCCAUAAAAAAACAACGACCAACGCAGACUUACUCCGAGGCAAUACGUAACAUUUUGUGAUUUCCUAACCUGAAACUUGAACUUGGGCUUCUGUUGAGAAGAUGUCGGAGCAAGAGCAUUAUGGGGACGGUCUGUGCGAUGAUGGAGCUCCUGAGAUCAUCCCGCCGAGAGCGUCCAGGACGGGGAGGCGGAGCGGAGUCAUCCUCCCCGGCCAGGACAACGAUACCAUCGUCCUGGAGGCAGUGAGGGCGGCCCCCCGCAGGAGCAGCAUCAUCAAGGAUCCUUCAAUGCACAAGUUGGCCGGCGGGCGCAAGAAGACAGUGUCCUUCAGUAGCAUACCCUCAGAGAAGAAGGUGAGCAGCGCGGCCGACUGCCUGGCCUUCAUGCAGGGGGGCUGUGAGCUGAAGAAGGUGCGUCCCAACUCCCGGAUCUACAGUCGUUUCUACACCCUCGACCAGGACCUCAGCUGCUUGCGCUGGGAGCCCUCUAAGAAGGAUGGGGAGCGCGCCCGCCUGGAUAUGGCCACUAUCAGGGAGGUUAGGACGGGGAAGAGCACUGAGACCUUCCUCCAUAACGGACCUGCUGCAGAACACCUGGCUGAGGAGGCAGCCUUCUCUAUCAUCCACGGGGAUGAAUACCAGUCUCUGGACCUGGUGGCUCUUUCAGCUGACGUGGCCAACAUCUGGGUGACAGGGCUCCGUUACCUGGUGUCCCACCCCUCUGCCAUCGGGCAUGGAGGGGGGGCAGGCGGGGGAGGAGGUCUGGGAGAAGGGAGCAUCAUAGGGGAGGGUAGCCUCGGCAGUAAGAUGAGGAGUGAAUGGCUGGCCACAGAGUUUGCCGAGGUGGAUGAAGACGGGUAUGGGAUCGUCGUAGAGGAUACGGCCGUGGCAACCAUCUGUAAGCUGUGUCCUGGCAUCAAGGAGGCUAAGGUGCGUCUGAGGUUCAAGGAGAUCCAGCGCAGCAAAGAGAAGCUGACGUCUCACGUGACACGUGAGGAGUUCCAGGAGGCCUUCUGCGAACUCUGCACGCGCCCAGAUGUCUAUUUCCUAUUGGUCCAGCUCUCUAAGGACCGCGAGUGUCUGGACGCCCAGGACCUUCGUCUCUUUCUGGAGACGGAGCAGGGCCUGUCCCUGGCCACAGCUGAGGGCUGUUUGGAGCUGGUCCUACGCUUUGAGCCCUCCAGACCAGGCCGAGAGAGAGGCUUGCUGGGGCUUGAUGGCUUCGCACGUUACCUGCAGUCUCCAGAGUGCCAGCUGUUUGACGUGGAGCACCAGGGAGUGUGUCAGGAUAUGAACCUGCCCCUGUCCCACUACUAUAUCAGUACUUCCUAUCGGUCCUAUCUCCUGGAUGACCAGGUCCAUGGGAGGGCUGAUCUAGGGGGUUUGACCAGGGCUUUGCAGGCCGGGUGUCGUUGCCUGGAGCUGGGGGUGACAGACGGCCCAGAGGGGGAGCCUCUCCUGGGGGUAGACUAUGGUCCUGAUACCCACCGCCACCACCACCAUCACCACCACGCCCCGGUCACCAUCCGCAGUGCUCUGGAGGUGGUGAAUAAGUACGCCUUCCUGACCUCGCCCUACCCGCUUCUGCUCUACUUGUGCCAGCGCUGUUCCCCCUCCCAGCAGCGUACCUUGGCCCAGCACCUGAGGAAGGUGUUCUCUACACGUCUCUACACCCCUGAGGCCCUGCCAGUCAGCCCGGUGGGGCGAGCCACCACCCUGCCCUCCCCUGAGCAGCUGAAGGGCCGGGUGCUGCUGGUGGGGAAGAAGCUACCCCCAGAAGAGGAGGGAUCCGAGGGAGAGGUAUCAGAGGAGGAUGAGGAGAUAGGGGGAGGCGGACCCUUGGCUGGCCGGCGAAUGACCAUCCCCGGAGAGGAGGAACUGGGUGUGGUUUUAGUGGUACCCCCUCCACCUCAGCCCAGGAGACUCCGCCUCCAACGCGAGCUCUCAGAUCUGGUGAGUGUGGCACGAACUGGAAGCCGUAGCUUCUACAACCACCGAGAAAUAAGGAAACAAGGACAGCAGCACUCCCCACCCAGCACCCCCUCAACGCCGGGCACGCCUUUACUCCCUGAUUCGGCCUAUUGGACUCUGUGCUCCCUGGGGGAAGGAGAAGCGGGCCGGCUGGUCAGUGAGAGCCCAGAGGACCUAGUAGGCUUCACCAAGCGUACCCUGACCCGUGUCCGGCCCAGCUCCGUCCGCCUGGACUCCUCCAACCCCAACCCCCAGGGGUACUGGAAGGGCGGGGUCCAGCUGGUGGCCCUCAACCAGCAGACUCCCGGGGCCAUGCUGGACCUCCACAGGGGACGCUUCAUCCAGAACGGGGGCUGUGGCUUCGUGCUGCGCCCGGGGGUCAUGAGAGAUGAGGUUUCCUACUUCAGUGCCGUGACCCAGGGGUGUGUGCCCGGCGUGCCACCUCAGACCCUCAGGGUGAAGGUGAUCAGCGCCCACAACCUGCCCAAGCCGCAGGGUGCUGGGGCCAAAGGAGAGGUUAUAGAUCCCUACGUGGUUCUGGAGCUACAUGGGGUACCAGCGGACUGCGCUGAGCAACGGACCCGGACCGCCGCACAGAACCAGGAUGGCCCACUGUUUGAUGAGACUUUUGAGUUUCAGGUGAACAUGCCAGAGUUGGCGCUCCUCCGCUUCGUGGUAUUGGACGACGACUACAUUGGAGACGACUUCAUUGGCCAGUACAGCGUGGCCUUCGAGUGCCUUCAGCCGGGCUACCGCAAUGUGCCCCUGCUGUGUCUGGAGGGAGACCCCUUGCCCCACGCUAGCCUGUUCGUCCAUGUUGCCGUGACCAACCGACGAGGGGGGGGCAAGGCCCAGAGGAGGGGUCUGUCUGUGCGGAGAGGGGUGUGGCGGGGGCGAGAGUAUGUGACCCUACGGAACACGGGUAUUAAAGCUCUGGAUGAUACAUUCCGUCCCGCUAACACCCAUCUCAGAGAGGCCACAGACCUGCGGGAGGACGCACAGAGUGCAAGUGUGAGUUUCAAAGAGCAGUGUGGACUCCCCCCGGUGGCAAAGCUGAAGCAGUGCAUCCAGAGCCUGGCCACACGGUUGCAGACCCCAGAAGGGCCCCCGGGGGCCAGCAUGACCCUGAGGGAUGGCUACCCCCACCUGGAGGCCCUGGGCAACAUCACCGAGGUCACGCGCAAACUACUGAAUCACUAUGAUACGAUGAUCUCGGCCAAGAAGCAGCUGAUCGAGAAUGCAGACGCUGUGCAGGAGAGGAUGGCCCAGGUGCAGAGAGAAGGAAUGGAGUUCCACGAGGAGUUGCCCAGGCUGGGAGAGAAGGAGGGGCUGAAGGGGCACAAGCAGAGUAAAGCCCUGGAGAGUUUCACCUGGAAUAUUACUGUACUGAAGGGUCAGUGUGAUCUCCUGCGCAGUGCCAAGGUAGACUCUCUGGAUGGUCUGAGACAGUUGGCCCUGGCCUGUGAAGCCUGUGGCCUCACCUCCACGACCUCCUCCUGCACCUCUUUUGGUCCCUCUGAUCUCUUCUACACCUCCCACAGCAGGAGGGGCAACUCCCAGGAGAGGAGAGGAAGCACCCAGGAGAGGAGGGUGAAUACCCAUGGCAAUGGACGAAUAUGACACCCCGAAACCUACCAGAGAGAGGGAAGGGGGAUCGAGUGGAUGAGAUGGUGACAACCCCUCAAAUCCCAAACUGUCAGAGAAAGGGAGGGUGGGGAGAGAGAGAUAUGGCGAAAGAGAGCAGAGUUGGAAUGGUCUAGAGUAGAGCCCAGAGCCUAUACCUUUAUCCAGAGUAGUAAGACUAGUGAAGAAUCUUUGCAGUAAUUUGACGGCUUACUUUGUGUUCAACAGUGGAAAUACAUUUGUGCUUAUUUAAGUCGGACACUUGAAUAUAACGCUCCUACAAUUUACUUCAAUGUUUUUUCUCCCUAAAAAGGGAGUUGUGAUUGUGAAAACACAUUGUUCUUAGGUAAGAAACCUUUGCUGUGGAGAGGACGAGUGAAGAGUCUCUGUCCUUCUGAACCCACAAAAUUGAUCCCUCGGGAGGAUGUGAUGUCACGCUGUUGAUGCCUUGAGGGCCCGUCUCACCAUGGAUACCACAGGGGGUUGAGUGACAGGUGACCCUCCCAGUGUCCCACCGACACAGCUACUGUUACACCCAGCCCCUCUCUCCUUCCUUACCCCUCUUUAUCUCCUUCACCCAGUACCCUCGGUACAUGGAGUGUUUUGAAUGUCUAGCCUGUCGUGCGUACCCCUCAUCUUCCCUGAGAGACCCCACCAGGUAUCCUUUCCUGAGAAGAUGGGAGGAGGCAGAUGUGUUGGUAGUUUUACAUGACAUGGCUUAACCCUGCGUCAGGCUGCUAUGUCCUACCUGAGACCAUACACAGGUGUCAGAUGGCUAGGGGCUAACAGUGUCACAGUAUCACAACAUCACAGUAAGGUCUGGAAGACAACCUGAAGACAACCUGAAAUAAGAGGACCUGUUGAGUGUGAUUGAUUGAUUGAUUAUUUGAUUGUGUUUAACAGGCUUCAUUGAUUAGUUGGGCAGCAGGUAGCCUAGUGGUUAGAGCGUUGGGGCAGUAACCAACCGGUUGCUUGUUCGAAUUGAAUUCCUGAGCUGACAAGAUGGAAAAAAUCUGCCAUUCUGCCCUUGAGCAAGGCAGUUAACCCCCACAACAACUGCUCCCCGGGCGCCGAAGACGUGGAUGUCGAUUAAGGCAGCCCCUCACACCUGUCUGAUUCAGAGGGGUUGGGUUAAAUGCAGAAGGCACAUUUUGGUUGAAUGCAUUCAGUUGUGCAACUGACUAGGUCUCCCCCUUUCCCUUUGAUUGAUAGAUGAGUAUUACCCUACACCAGGAUGUGGUUGGCAUGGCUGUGUUGCUAUGAGGGAGGGGGCCCUCUCUCUGUGUAUUGACUGAAAGUAUGUGUUGGGUUUGUCCCAGCUUAAAAACUCACUCAGCAACAGUAAAGGACUCUGACAAAGAACUACAAAAAUGGCGCGACUAGAUGCUGCAUCCUUGGUGUGCUUAUGCUGCUUGUGAUGGUCGACUGUGGGACAUGGAUGCCAUUGUUUUUCCAAUGUUAGAUUUGUGCUAUUAAGGUAGGUAAAUACUUCAUGUAAUUUAUAUUUUACUGUGUCAUAGCAUCCUUUCUCUACCAGUGGUGGCUGGUACGUACCUACCGUCUGUCAUUCUACAGUCUGAACAGCCAUUUCAACACACACAGCAGUAAAGUUGGAGUAACAUUUCAAUUCGGCAUAGAAAGGAUCAUUCCUAACAUAGGUUCUUUGAUGCAGGCAGUGGUCAACCCAUUUUGACCUGCCUCUCUCCUUCUCUUGGAUGGAUGGAUUCAUUAUCAUCUGUUGCCUCCUUCACCAGCCCACCUCCACACAUCUAUCUUAAAGGCGUUGCAUGGUCAAUCCGACGUCUGCAUUGACCAUGCAGCGAUGACAGUGAUAUGGCCUCUGCAGAAGUCAGAGCCAAUUUAUGCUUGAUCCGAAAAUGUGGUUGGAGGCUUCGUAUGGAGGGUGUGAUCCCAGAGGCACGCAGAGGUCAAAUCAAGCUCCGUAAAGCAUCGCCGUGCACCUCUCAAAUGUUGUAACAAUGAGGAGGGCUCCGUAUACUGUAGCUCCGCAUUGACAUGAUUGGAUGAUGGUAGGUGAGGACGGGAGGUCCUGCAGAAACAAAAACUCACUUCCUUGACAACUUCAUCCACAACAGCUCUGCGCUGCUCGGC